AUGCAGCUGGCUGAGGUUCGGGAAGCCCUGGCAGAGGAAAGGAAGGCUCGGGAGCAAGAGGUUGGGAAGCUACGAGAGUCAGUGGCGGUGGCUCGGGCCGACGCUGCAGAGGCUCGGGUGAGAUCGGUGCGGGCCGAGGCUCCUCUAGUUGCAGCUUUGGAGGAGGCUCGGAGACGGCACAAGGAGGAGGUUCGGGAGCUCGAGGCGAGAUUGGAGAAACUCGUGAUUCGGGAGAUCGGGGCUAGGCGGCCACAGGGUCUUCAAGAACAGGUUGACGACUACAUGACUCAGAUCAAGAAGGUAGAUAAAGAUAUCGCGCGUGUUGUUUCAAGGUAA